AUGGCUUGGGACUCCAUUGAAGCCCCCUUGGACAGCUGCUGGAAGCCCCCUUGGAUGCACGCCAUCUGCUCGAUGAAAGUCCCAGGAGAAGAAGAGGAAGCUUGCUGCGCAGCUGCGCUGCGCCUUGCGCAACAACCCAGCCUUGCGAAUCUGCACAGCAGCCCCAAACCCUUCAUUUCCAAUUUCACACUUCCUCUCCCCACCCUCUCAAACCCUAACCUCUCCCCCAACCUCCCAACCUCCAACAACCUCCAUCAUCAACUCUUCGCUGGGCCACCAAUCACCGCCGUUCGCCGCCGUCCUCCUCCCUCCUCCUCCAUUGUUUUCAACUACAAAUUUAUGGAACGAUUCUUUAAAAGAAAAUUAUCUACGGAUAGUUCUUCUCCGUCUAAUCCGGGUAGUUCAAAUGCAAGACCAAUUGAAGUAGAUGAGAUCUUAGCUAAUCUUCAGGCCCUGGACUAA